CUGGCAGCCUCUGAGCCUCUGCUCGCGCCUUCCUGCGCUCAGUCGCUUGCCAGCCACAGCCACGCGAAGUCGCGCCACGGACGAGGAAAGAAGGAAGGAAGGAAGGAAGCCUCGCAGCCCCCGAGAGACAGAGAGUGCCGAAGGGCGGCCCUUGGGAGUGUGUUCCUCAGCUUGGUGGCUGGCUGCCUCUGAGGCGGGCGGACAGAGCGCGGAGGAGCUUCUGCAGCCGGACGGACCUGGAGCCUAGCUUCAGCACCUCGGACAGCUCCUGCCAGUCCUUCCCGGUUCUUGACGCGGCAGCACAUGCGGUCUCGGCUUUCUUCUUCCUGACCUUGCCUCCUUCCCUCUCUGGUGGCAGGCCUGGCAGUGGCAGAAAUGAAUGAGAGCGCCCCUUCGAACGAGACGGGGGGCCCUGCCCCCUGGAUCCAGGCCAGCGCUGGCAACUCCUCCCUGGAACUUUCCUCCAAGCUCCCCAUCUUCCUCAUCAACCCUUGGGAUAUUAUGCUCUGCAUCUCCGGGACCAUCAUUGCCUGUGAAAAUGCCAUUGUGGUGGCCAUCAUCAUCUACACUCCCAGCCUGAGAACCCCAAUGUUUGUCCUGAUUGGGAGCCUGGCCACCGCGGACCUCCUGGCUGGAGUGGGCCUCAUCCUCAACUUUGUGUUCCAGUAUUUGAUCCAGUCGGAAACCAUCAGUCUUAUCACUGUCGGCUUCCUCGUUGCCUCUUUCACAGCCUCCGUGAGUAGCCUGCUAGCCAUCACAGUCGACCGGUACCUUUCCCUGUACAAUGCGUUGACUUACUACUCCGAGAGGACUGUUCUCUGCAUCCAUAUGAUGCUGAUUGUCACCUGGGGGGUUUCCCUCUGCUUGGGGCUGCUGCCCGUCUUGGGCUGGAAUUGCCUAGAAGAUUAUUCAUCCUGCAGUAUUGUCAGACCUUUGACCAAAAGCAACGUGACUUUGCUGUCAGCCUCCUUCUUCUUCAUCUUCAUCCUCAUGCUCCACCUGUACAUUAAAAUCUGCAAAAUCGUUUGCAGGCAUGCACAUCAGAUAGCACUCCAGCAGCAUUUCCUGACUGCUUCCCACUACGUAGCCACCAAAAAGGGGGUCUCUACACUGGCUAUUAUCCUCGGGACCUUUGGAGCCAGUUGGUUGCCUUUUGCCAUCUACUGUGUAGUUGGGGAGCCCCAGUAUCCCGCUGUGUACACUUAUGCCACACUUCUACCUGCCACUUACAACUCCAUGAUCAAUCCUAUAAUUUAUGCCUAUAGGAACCAAGAAAUCCAGCGGUCCAUGUGGGUUCUCUUUUGCGGCUGCUUUCAGUCCACAGUGCCCUUCCGUUCACGAUCCCCCAGCGAUGUCUGAGCAACUUCCUUCUCUGUGCAGUUUUUCACAAAAGGACAAUUUUUGACUUUUGUGAAUUACAGUGCCUGGUGUGAACCAGAUCCAUGUUGUGAAAUUGUUUUUUCCAGGGGGAGGGAAAGUUUAAACAGUAGCACUUUAUGUCUGUAUAUCCUUGAGAAUGUGAAAGAUAUGGAGCUUUUGGUUGUGUAAGCCUAAACAUUACAAGCAAAACAAAACUCAGUGUGGUUGUCUAAACGAUUGUGUGUCACAUUUGUGAAGUGGAGGCAUUCCAAGACUACGUAAUUAUAGCACUUUAUUUUUAGCUGCUGAGCUGCCAAACCAGUAUUGCCAUUUUCGUAAAGGGCAGAAAGUGAGUGAAAGGAAGUGAAAUGUUGUCUGGUUAUUUUGGGGAUGUGAGCGAUACUAUAUUUUGCUGCACAAUAUUGAUAAAUUAUGACAUUUUGUACAAAAAUAAACAA